AUGGUCUUCUUUGUGAGAGUCACAGGGAAGGAUUUAAGUGGGAAUACACAAAAUAUUAGACUUUUGUUCCCCUCGAAGCCGACGUUAUAUGACCUGACGUGUGCUAUUGAACGUUACUUCACGACCGCUGCCGAGAAGGAACAAAAAGAGGAACCGAGUCAAGAGACCCCUUACAUGCUUGAGUUGUUACUAUUACUUGAUGAAUACAGAUCAAGGUGGGUAGAGUUAUAUAGCAGUGGUCAAUUAACCACAGACUGCCUGGUACACGCCUUCAGCAAACAGACUGUAAAGGCUCUGCGUGGAAAGAAAGGUGUGAUGUCGAGGUACGGCAGUAGUACCUCUGGAAUAGUGACGUCGGCAACUACUGUUACCCCGUCUAAUGCAGCACCCAGUGCUGCCCAGGGGAAUUCUGCCAACAUCACGCAAGAUGUGGGAUUGCAUAAUAGUACGAGUGUUGUUCACUACAACAAUGCAAUGUAG